AGUGAUUACAUAAGAGUGGGCCUGAUUGCUGUUGCUCAACAGGCACAAAGCUUCUCUAUCUCCCUGUGGAGAUUAGACUCAAUUGAAGAUACUAAGGGACCCAAGCAAGAUGAAAUUAUUCUAAUGCUCCAGAAAAGUAUUGAUAAAACGUAGUUUGUAUAUUAUGAAUGGAAGUGAAAGUAUCAAUAGUUGACUAGUGGUAGAACCAACAUUAAUUGUGGUUACUUUUACUGAAACUUGUACAUUUAAGCAAUUUGCUAAUAGGGUAUAGGGUAUAGGGAUGUCUAUGUCCUAACCACACAUACUACUCAACCCAUGGUCACUCCUGGUGGUCUUUAGCUCCUUAUGAAGCUUUUGUGCCAAAAUGAAAAUGCAGCAGUUACCAAUCAAGAUAUAUACAUUUGUAAUAUGUUGCAUCCAACUAUCAACUGCAGCAAAUAUUCUUGCAGUUUUCCCCAUUGCUUCACCAAGUCAUCAUAUUUGGAACACACCACUUGUAGUCACUCUUGCUCAGAGGGGACAUAACGUAACUGUCGUUGGUCCUGAGGCAUUGAAAACACAAGUGCCUAAUCUAACCGAUAUAGUCAUCACAGGUCUUUAUGAAGCAAUUCUAGAAGAAUUUAAUUAUGAAGAGAUUAUAGACGUGUCUCCUCUUUUCACCAUGGGCAUGUUCUUCGAUUACUCAAGUCAUCAGUGCUUAAGCAUACAGAAACAUGACGCAUGGAAGCAAUUAAUGAACUAUCCUCCAGAUACAAAAUUUGAUCUUCUUAUAACCGAGUCUAUUGGUGCAGAAUGUCUUCUUGGAGGUAUUCAAAGAUUUGGGGACCCUCCGAUAGUUUCCAUAAAUGCUUUUAACGUUCCUUUUUGGAUGCUUGAGACAAGUGGAACACCUAACAUGCUUUCUCAUAUUCCACAUUAUGUGUUCACUGGGACUGACCACAUGACAUUUUGGCAACGAGUGACAAAUGCUAUCUACUAUGUCUACUCUUAUUAUCACUACUACUAUAGUUACUUGCCAGCUAUGGAUAAAGCUGCACGUCAAUAUUAUGGCCCAAAUGUUCCUUCUUAUUCAGAAGUACAACAGAGAAUUAGCAUUAGUAUGGCUAAUUAUCACCCAGUGUUGGACUAUCCCUUUGCAAUUACACCCAACUUGAUUCCUGUUGCGGGCAUGCAGAUUAAAGAUCCAAAACCAUUACCACAGGACUUACAAAACUUCCUUGAUGCUGCAAAAGAAGGAGUAAUAUUUUUCAGUCUUGGGACUAACUUAAGAAGUGAAAAACUAACUCCAGAGAAGAGGAAAGCUCUAAUGGAAGCAUUUGCAGAAUUACCACAAAAAGUUUUAUGGAAAUUUGAGGCUGAUUCUCUUCCUGGACAGCCCAUGAAUGUUAAAAUUGGAAAAUGUCUGCAUCCUAUCCAAUCACAUCCCAAUGUAAAACUGUUCAUAUCCCAUUGUGGGUUGUUGAGUACACAUGAAGCGAUAUACAGAAGCAUUCCUAUUCUUGGAAUACCAUUUUUUGCUGACCAACCAAUCAACAUUAGAAAACUGGUGAAUAACGGUGCUGCAAUUCAACUGGACUUCAAAGAUCUCACAAAAGAAUCUCUACUUAAGACUUUACAUUUGCUUCUGAAUGAUCCUAGUUAUAGAGAAAACAUGAAGAAACUGUCCGUGAAAUUCCGUGAUAAUCCUGAAACACCUCUUGAAAGAGCGGUCUUCUGGACAGAAUAUGUUUUACGUCACAAAAACGUACCACAUUUACAGUCAGCUGCUAAAGACCUCAACUUUGCACAAUACUUCCUCCUUGAUGUAUUGGCAUUUCUGUUGGCUAUACCUGCUUUGAGAUUUGAUGCAAAAAGUUCCAAGAGAAAAUUGGAGUUGAAAAUUCUGGAAAUUAAUAAAAAGACGAAAGAUAUGAAGGAAAAGAAGAAAAAAACACAAUAA